AUGCCAAAAGUUAUAGAGUUAACAAUUGAAAUUGAUGUCCAAAAGGUAUCAUGUCCAGGAGUUUGGUUAUGUCAAGCUGGCCGUGUGUCACUCACAGUAUUUGCAUUGGGCACAAGUUACCAAACAUGUUUAUUGCCUCCAAAUUUUCCUCUUCUGUUCAAAGAUGUGUUUUACUUUCGCAAGCGUUUUCAAGAGACCUGUGCUUUGAACAACAUAUGUUGUUUGUUGAAGGAUGAGACAAUUUAUUGUGAGCUGGUGCAGUGGAGUGACGACUGUGACUCAAGCGAUUGUGUGAUCUUGGCUCAGUAUUUAGGCGCUCUGAACGAUGUUCUAUUCCCACCAAACAUGUGCUCUAGUGACGGCGUCGAUCUGCUCAUGCGCAGGUCUAAGGAGUUCCCUGGCAUCCUAUCGCCGAAAAUAGAGAUAGCGACGAAGGUACGCAUAGACGAAAUAUGGAACCAAAAGAGCAAUUUGGCGGCGAAAGGCACCAAAUGCCAGUGCGUGCCAGUUCCAGAGUCGGAUGGGCAAAGGCAGAAAAGGGUUUGUCACACGCCGCUGUAUCACAGAGUGAAAUGCAGCACCAACAGAUUUCUGCCUCGUACGGGCAGGUCCCUUAGCGGAGAAUCGAGGUCAUCAUGCAGACCUCAGCCAAAAGAUACGAAGGUUGUCUGCGGCUGUCCCAAACCGGACAAGUCCAGGGUACACUCUUCACCUUCCCCGCGGCGUUCAUCCCGCUCGAGGGCUAGGCCAUACAGCGUGUACUACUUGGAAACCCCACAAUUUGAACCCUCGAAUUGGAGCAACUCCAACGUCAGUCUAGAAGACGAGGACCGCAAGAUAUCCGAGGACAAUAUCGAGGCGGCGGGCAGCGAGCACAGCGUGGCGGGGAAUCUUAAAGGCUCGUUGCCUGGCGAGGAACGCAUACAGAGGAUGCUGCUAGAGAGCCGCUACGUGGACGAUCAGCGCUUCGGCCGGGUCCCGCCGCACCCCCACACCCCACGGCCACCCCCACGCCCCUGCCCGUGCGACAUCUGCACACGUUACCACCAACUCUUCCACCUCCACUCAGACUGGGGC